GUAGCCCAACUUCGCAGAGAUUAAAAGCCUGAGUCUGAGACUCAGCCAAAGUCCCGCUUCGGUGCCUUUGUGUGUGCGCGGCCCCCGAGGGGGCGUCGGGCCCAGAUCGGAGGGGUCUCCACUGACCCCGACCGCGUUCCAGACCGGCCCCCUCCACAGCGGCUCCCAUUGGCCGGGGCUGCCGGGGUCCCAGCCAAUCAGCCGAGGGCCGCGUUUUCCUGAGCCGGGCGGGACCCCUCCGACUCAGAAGCCAGAGGUUCGCGGGAACCACCGCACAGAGGACCGGGCCACGCGUGGACCUGUCUGGUGAGGGCAGGACAGGUGGGACUCAGGAUGGGCUCAGGAACCGGGUGCGGUCGGAGCCCCACGGAACCCCCUUCCGCCCCGCAGGGGCCACGUCCUCCGUGGACGAUGGAUGUGGAAACUCAGAAGCCCCCCAAGGGGAAAUGGACGACCCCGCCCUUCGACCCGCGCUUCCCCAACCAGAACCAGACCCGUAACUGCUACCAGAACUUCCUGGACUAUCACCGCUGCAUCAAGAACAUGAACCGCCGCGGCAAGAGCACCGAGCCCUGCGAGUACUAUUUCCGCGUGUACCACUCGCUGUGCCCCAUCAGCUGGGUGAGCGGGCAGAGGGGCGCCGGACCCGAGCGGGCGGAGGGCUGGGGCCUAGGCUGAGGCAGCCCGCUCCCUCCCUCUCCAGGUGCAGCGCUGGAACGAGCAGAUGAGGCAAGGGACUUUCCCCGGCAAAAUCUGACUGUCGGAGCGGUUUUCCCGAGCAAUCAGCCCCAGUGGCCCCCAUCUUCUAGUUUCAGGAAGACCCGGCCUUAGUUACCAACCCCACCCCCCCAGUCUAAGCCACAAAUAAAGUUAUGCUGUUGCUAUUGUUUCUUA